AUGAAAAAGAGGAGGAGCUCCUGCGCAUAAUCUGGAAGUGGCGGUUGUUUCAGUAUGGCGUCUGUUGCUGAGGGCGCAAAUGGCAAUGGAUUUUACUGGAUUCAUGACAAAUCAGAUGAAGAGCAGCCCAUGGUUUUUGUUACAGGGAUGAGCAAGAAUGCCGGUCUGAAGGUUGAGUCUGCAAAUAAUACAGAGGGAAAGAUAAAAAGAAGAGCUAGCGGCAUGGAUAAAAGUAGGAAAAUAACAGGAUUGCAUUCAGCAGUGCAAAGUGCUGAGAUGAUGGUGGGUAAAGCUUCAGAUCAGAAGCUGCCUUCUGUUGUAGCCAAAUCCAAAACCACUACACCUGCACCAGAACCGGACCUGCCUUCUCUCACUUUAGCUCAGCCUCUCUUCAGCGCUGCUCAAGCCAAAAGUAAGCCAUCACUGAAGGAUCUCUGCCCAGAGGACAAGCGUCGGAUUGCCAAUCUCAUCCAGGAGCUGGCCAGAGUUAGUGAAGAAAAAGAUGAGUCUGUCCAGAAACUCAGGGAUGAACAGGAGACGUUUGAGAAAAAAAUCCAACAGCUAGAGCAACAAAACCAACUCAUCAUACAAGAAAGAGAAAGCCUGCAGCAGCAGUACGGAGAGUGUCAGGAACUGCUGGGACUCUAUCAGCAAUACCUCUCCCAACAGCAAGAGAAACUCAACAAGUCUAUCACCCUACUCAAUCAGUCCUGCUCCCACAGCAAGAUUCCUAGCAGCGAGGGGGUGGCCAGGAGGUCUUGGGGUGGAAGAGGAACUGCUUUAGAUGGAUCUUACUUGGACCUCCCUUCAUCAGGAAGCAAAACUGAUAGAGGUGGGUCAGUGGAGUGCACUCAUUCAUUCUCAACGGGACCGUUCAGUGCACCCUCCAGCAGUGACCAGAACUGUGAAAUCCAUGACAGGCACACCAAUCACAAUUCUGAAGGUGGACGUAGUGAUCUUGGCUUCUCCAACAGGGAACCCUCAGCCUGUAAUGCCCUGAGGCUGCAUGGCACCUCUGAACCCAAGUGCUCUCAUCAGUGCCACAGAAUGGAAAAUGAUGGCAUGUGUGGUGCUAAUCGAACUGGAAUAGCACCACUGUCUGGUCGGAAGAACUGGGAAGAGAAACGACGAUGUCUGCUCCUGCAGAAGAAACAGCUGGAGAUGGAGAGGGAGAGAAUUCAAGCUCGGUUGGCUCAACAGGAAGAGAAACUUUUGCUCCAGAACAAGCAACUCCGCCAGUCAUACCUUCAGUACAACAAGCUUCAGCAAGCAACCACAACAGACUUUGAGAGACCUCUAAAUGGAGACCGCAGUUUUAAUGAGGGUCAACAAUCCAGUUUUGUAAUGGAUCAGUUGACACACAGAAGUGAAAUAAAAGGAGAGUCACACACUUUGCAGGGAAAUGUUCAACCUUCGUUAAGUAACGUACAGUCACAGCAACACACAUCAAGUAUUGAACAGUCUGCACCCAAGAUUUCACAAGAUAUCUCCAUUACCAAGAAGGAUAUGGCCACCUCUCCUGUGGUUCCACAAAGCUUUCAGACAUCUGCUGUUCCCCAAAUUUCUCUUUUUGGACUUCCUAGCACUCCAAAGGCUUCCAGGUUGGAUGACUCUUUGAUUGAGCUGUUGGACAUUAUCAGCCCCGUAUCCAACACAGAAAGGUACCGAAUCAACCCCUCAUCCCGGAGGGGUUUCGUCGCCCCUCAGUCCUUUCAGAAGACUCUUCUCUCUCCUUGUGGCCCCAAUCGGUCCUCUCUGCAAGACCUGGAGGAGAGUGAGAUCUUAGAAGACAUCUUUUUCAUCUGUUGAAGGGUUAUAAUGGCGACUCAGAUUGAUUGUAGGAAUAAUUGAAUUUGAAUGAUCAUUAAUUAUUCAUGUGCUCUUAAUUCUGCCUUUUAAAUCGCUUCAGUGUCUUGAAAUAAUUAUGGUCUUCAUUUUUAACUUU